AACUUCGGCAAAGUUUGCAACCGGUCUCAAGCACGUGCGGCUCCCCGGCCCGGCUCCGCGUUCUCCGAGCCGCCCCCGGUCACCUGCGCGCGGUUGGUCUCUGUGGUUUCCCCAGCGGCCGUGCCCCUGCGCUCUCACGAGACACGCCGCUCCCAGGCUCCAGGAGGCGGCGGCGACAGCGCGUAGCGGGCGCCCCGAGGAGCCCCGAGAGGCGGGGUCAGGGCGGGCCGGCGCUUGGUUCCCGGAAGCCGCUGCUUGCCUGCGAGGCUCCAGCCGAGCUGACCGGCGCGGCGGCCGGAGCUCCAGCAUCCUCACCCGCGCUUCCCGGAGCCGCCGCCCGGCCGCGCGCACUGCGGGCGAGAUGCUGCCGGUGCACACCGAGGUGAAACCCAACCCGCUGCAGGACGCCAACCUCUGCUCGCGCGUGUUCUUCUGGUGGCUCAACCCGCUGUUUAAAACUGGUCAUAAGCGGAGACUGGAAGAAGAUGACAUGUUCUCAGUGCUUCCAGAAGAUCGCUCAAAGCACCUCGGAGAGGAGCUUCAACGGUACUGGGAUAAAGAAGUUCUGCGAGCCAAGAAGGAUUCGCGGAAGCCCUCCUUAACAAAGGCGAUCAUAAAGUGUUACUGGAAGUCUUACCUGAUUUUGGGGAUUUUUACGUUAAUUGAGGAGGGCACCCGAGUAGUUCAGCCCUUAUUUUUAGGGAAAAUUAUUGAAUAUUUUGAGAAGUAUGACCCCGACGACUCGGUGGCUUUGCACACAGCUUAUGGCUACGCAGCAGUGCUGUCCAUGUGUACGCUCAUCUUGGCCAUACUACAUCAUUUGUACUUCUACCACGUGCAGUGCGCCGGGAUGAGGCUGCGGGUCGCCAUGUGCCACAUGAUUUACCGGAAGGCACUCCGGUUAAGUAACUCGGCCAUGGGGAAGACAACCACAGGCCAGAUAGUUAACCUGCUGUCCAACGACGUGAACAAAUUUGACCAAGUGACAAUCUUCUUGCACUUUCUGUGGGCAGGGCCGCUGCAGGCCAUCGCGGUAACCAUCCUCCUCUGGGUGGAGAUAGGAAUCUCCUGCCUGGCGGGCCUGGCCGUUCUGGUUAUUCUUCUGCCUCUGCAAAGCUGCAUCGGGAAACUGUUCUCCUCACUGCGGAGUAAAACUGCGGCUUUCACGGAUGCCAGGAUCCGGACCAUGAAUGAAGUCAUAACAGGCAUGAGGAUAAUAAAGAUGUAUGCGUGGGAGAAAUCGUUUGCUGACCUCAUUGCCAAUCUGAGAAAGAAGGAAAUUUCCAAGAUUCUGGGCAGCUCCUAUCUCAGAGGGAUGAACAUGGCGUCGUUUUUCAUCGCAAACAAAGUCAUCCUGUUCGUGACCUUCACCAGCUACGUGCUGCUUGGCAAUGAGAUUACAGCUAGCCACGUGUUUGUGGCCAUGACUCUGUACGGUGCCGUUCGGUUGACAGUCACCCUCUUCUUCCCGUCAGCCAUUGAGAGAGGGUCAGAGGCCAUCGUCAGCAUUCGGAGGAUCAAGAACUUUCUGUUACUCGAUGAACUACCAGAGCGCAAAACCCAGGAACCAUCUGAUGGCAAAGCCAUUGUCCACGUACAAGAUUUCACCGCUUUCUGGGACAAGACACUAGACAGUCCAACCCUGCAAGGUCUUUCCUUUAUUGCCAGACCUGGUGAGUUGUUAGCCGUGGUUGGCCCAGUCGGAGCAGGCAAGUCGUCGCUGUUGAGCGCAGUGCUGGGUGAGCUGCCCCCUGCCAGUGGGCUGGUCAGCGUGCACGGGAGGAUCGCCUACGUUUCUCAGCAGCCCUGGGUGUUCUCGGGCACCGUGAGGAGCAAUAUUUUAUUUGGGAAGAACUAUGAGAAGGAACGAUAUGAGAAAGUGAUCAAGGCCUGUGCUCUGAAGAAGGACUUGCAGCUUCUGGAGGACGGGGAUCUGACUGUCAUAGGAGACCGGGGAGCCACGCUGAGCGGAGGCCAGAAAGCUCGGGUGAACCUGGCACGGGCCGUCUACCAGGACGCCGACAUCUACCUCCUUGAUGAUCCGCUCAGUGCUGUCGAUGCAGAAGUGGGCAAGCACCUGUUCCAACUGUGUAUCUGUCAGGCGUUGCACGAGAAGAUCACCAUUUUAGUGACUCACCAAUUACAGUACCUCAAAGCUGCAAGCCACAUCCUCAUACUCAAAGAUGGUGAGAUGGUGCAGAAGGGGACUUACACGGAGUUUCUGAAAUCUGGUGUAGAUUUUGGCUCCCUGUUAAAGAAAGAAAACGAGGAAGCAGAGCCCUCCACAGCCCCAGGAACCCCGACACUCAGGAACCGAACCUUCUCCGAGGCCUCAAUUUGGUCUCAGCAGUCAUCCAGACCCUCGUUGAAAGACGGGGCCCCAGAGGGCCAAGACGCAGAGAACACGCAGGCAGUGCAACCCGAGGAGAGCCGUUCAGAAGGGAGAAUUGGCUUCAAGGCCUACAAGAAUUACUUCUCGGCGGGCGCAUCCUGGUUCUUCAUCAUUUUCCUUGUGCUGCUUAACAUUGUGGGCCAGGUUUUCUAUGUUCUUCAGGACUGGUGGCUUUCCCACUGGGCAAACAAGCAAGGUGCACUGAACAACACCAGAAAUGCGAAUGGAAAUAUAACGGAAACCCUAGAUCUCAGCUGGUACUUAGGAAUUUACGCAGGUUUAACUGCGGUCACUGUCCUUUUUGGCAUAGCAAGAUCCCUACUGGUGUUCUAUAUCCUUGUGAACGCUUCCCAGACUUUGCACAACAGGAUGUUUGAGUCCAUCCUGAAGGCUCCCGUGUUGUUCUUCGACAGAAAUCCAAUAGGGAGAAUUUUAAAUCGUUUCUCCAAAGACAUCGGACACAUGGACGACUUGCUUCCCCUGACGUUCCUAGACUUCAUCCAGACGCUGCUCCUCGUCGUAAGUGUGAUCGCUGUGGCGGCGGCCGUGAUCCCUUGGAUCAUCAUACCAUUGGUUCCUCUCUCAGUCAUCUUCCUGGUUCUUCGGAGAUACUUCUUAGAAACGUCACGGGAUGUCAAGCGCCUGGAAUCCACAACACGGAGCCCGGUAUUCUCCCAUUUAUCGUCCUCCCUCCAGGGACUCUGGACCAUCCGGGCUUACAAAGCCGAGGAGAGGUGUCAGGAGCUGUUUGAUGCACACCAGGACUUGCAUUCAGAGGCGUGGUUCUUGUUCCUGACGACAUCGAGAUGGUUCGCCGUGCGUCUGGAUGCCAUCUGCGCCAUCUUUGUCAUCGUCGUUGCCUUCGGGUCCCUUGUUCUGGCGAAGACUUUGGAUGCUGGGCAGGUUGGCCUGGCCUUGUCCUACGCCCUCACACUCAUGGGGAUGUUCCAGUGGUCUGUGCGACAGAGCGCCGAAGUAGAGAAUAUGAUGAUUUCUGUGGAGAGGGUGAUUGAGUACACGGACCUAGAGAAGGAGGCGCCUUGGGAGUGCAAGAAGCGCCCACCCCCAGGCUGGCCCCACGAAGGAGUCAUCGUCUUCGACAAUGUGAACUUCACCUACAGCUUAGAUGGGCCUCUGGUUCUGAAGCACCUGACUGCGCUCAUCAAGUCCAGAGAAAAGGUUGGAAUUGUGGGCAGAACCGGAGCUGGAAAAAGCUCUCUCAUCUCGGCCCUCUUUAGGCUGUCAGAACCCGAGGGGAAAAUCUGGAUCGAUAAGAUCUCGACAACCGAAAUUGGGCUUCACGACUUAAGGAAGAAAAUGUCAAUCAUACCACAGGAACCUGUUCUGUUCACUGGAACCAUGAGGAAAAACCUGGACCCCUUCAAUGAGCACACGGACGAGGAGCUGUGGAGGGCCUUGGAGGAGGUACAACUUAAAGAGGCCAUUGAAGAUCUUCCUGGAAAAAUGGAUACUGAAUUAGCAGAAUCGGGAUCCAAUUUCAGUGUUGGACAGAGACAGUUAGUGUGCCUUGCAAGGGCGAUUCUAAAGAAAAACCGAAUACUGAUCAUUGAUGAAGCAACUGCAAAUGUGGACCCAAGAACGGAUGAGUUGAUACAACAGAAGAUCCGGGAGAAGUUUGCCCAGUGCACAGUGCUCACCAUUGCUCACAGACUGAACACCAUCAUUGACAGUGACAAGAUAAUGGUUUUGGAUUCAGGAAGACUGAAAGAAUAUGAUGAGCCGUAUGUCUUGCUGCAGAAUCCAGAGAGCCUCUUUUACAAGAUGGUUCAGCAGCUGGGCAAGGGCGAAGCCGCUGCCCUCACCGAAACAGCAAAACAGGUAUACUUCAGACGGAAUUACCCAGAUAUUACAUUCACCAGCCCCGCGGUUAUGAACACCUCCAAUGGACAGCCCUCGGCCUUAACAAUAUUUGAAACAGCAUUGUGACCACCAGGACAUCAUUGUAGAGUCUUUAUUGAAGGUGUUCCCCACCCCGCCCAGGGGCUUGCACUUGGAAGACUACAGCACACCUGGUUUCCUUUCUUUCUGCCACAGACCCUUCACAGACGAGAGACUGCUUGGUGUCUUUGGAUUUUUCCCUCCGACUUUAGUCUGUGAUUUCAGGUUCUAACAACAUGGCCUGUCGUUUUAUUUUAAAAGUUCCUGGUGUUCUUUACAAAUCUAGUUCUGAGGUGCAGGCCACCACCAGCAGCGUCUACCAGGCUUUGUGCCUUAACAGACUCAAGGGCUGAAGCCCAUUCGUUUUAUAAGCUGUCACCGUGGGCUGCUGCUUCCUCUUGCCUUAAAAGUACCCUCUCCAGGUGUGUCAGGGACUCUGUUUACUUGAAGACUGUGUGCAGUUGCCAGUUUGUCUCCCUGCUGUCUUUGAUUGAGCUAGGACUCAUAAUUUCCCUGCAAAGGUCUCUGGUUAAAAUAGAAUAGAUAGAAUUAACAGGAACCACAACAACAACAACACCCCCCCCCAAAAAAAAAAUCCAUAUAAUUUAACUUUGCUGGAGAGAGACUAUCCCAGCACCUAUACAUAUACAAAGAUAUAUGUCUAAAGUAUGGAAGACAUUUAUGUUGGAAAAUCAACUUCUGCUUUCUCAGAAUGGGAGACCGAGCAGAGGUUAGGCACCCCUCCCCCUCGCGUCCGUGAGUCCCUCUGGGCGGCUUGUGCACUGAUCGGAUCGGCACCGUGACACUUCCCCUGGACUGUGACUCCCAAAUGCAUAAUGUUAAUCUCGUUUGGCUUCUGGUUUACAGAAGGUAACGCUCCUAUUGGCUGUGAGCCGUUGGUGAAAUCUUUUCACAUCGACACCAACUGCUCUCCCUGGCUCGUGAAAACCUGAGCAUCGUUAGAGUCGUCGGCUGUACGCGCUCAGGAUGCUGUGCACAAGCCAUGCUCUCUAAAGCCCAUCCAGAUUAGUUUAGCUAAUGGCAGGUCUUAAGGACCUUGUGAUUAGUCAAUCAACAAACCCACAACACUUCCUAGGACCUGAUGUGCUUCAUGUAACUAUAGGUCUGAAAAUUUUCUGGGGGAUGGUGGCAAGGGUCUAUGUCAGGGUUCAAGUUACUAAAGGUUUUACUGUCAUAAUUUAAAGGGGACUCUUCACGACCCGUCAUGAUAAACCAUCUUCAAGUUAUCUGUGUGUGUGUGUGUGUGUGUGUGUAUCAGGUUUUUAGACUGGUGGACAGAACAAAGCCUGUUUUAACAGUGGAACCUUAAAGAGCACACCUACACCAAACCACCAAAACCACGCGGAGCACAGUGACUGUUUGACUCUUGGUAUUCAGAAGUCUGUAAUGAAUGUAAUGAUGUUUAGGCCAGUAAAUGAUGUACAUUCAUCCUUUAUUGGUAGUCACAGUUUAUAUUUCAAGAGACGGAGAUGCAACGCUGACAAUAUUAAGAUAUUUGAAUAUUUAGAAAUGUCUUAAUGUAUAUAUGUUUAUGUUUAUUUGGUCCUGAGAAAUUAAAAGCGGUCAUACAAAUAUGUUCCUACUUCAUUUCUACUUUUCACACCAUCACAGGACAAACCAAAGUCAACUGAAAUAAAUGACAGUUUCCAUCCCCA